GAACACUUGCUGGUAAGCACGGCCACGAUCCUCCUUCCUCCCGCUCCAUUCGGUGCUGGGCAACGUAUAGCGUACAUGGCACCCAGCGCAGCGAGACGGACUACCCCUGCCCGUUUAUUCAAGACGGUCAUGAAGUCGCACCGUGUGCGCAUUCCCAAAUACGAACAUCUCCCUCUCCGCCUUCGCUUAUGGUUCAUUAUAUUCACCGUUUUAAUCAUGUUCGUGCUCGCGUUUCUUGGAUUCACGAAUUUCUCGAGAGCCCUCCCUCUCAAUGACAAGGCACUACACUUUUUGUGCCUUGGGCUCGCGACUUUUGUGUUCUAUUUCAUCUUCGACGUAGAAGAAGAUUCGAGAAGAAUAUGGUUUUGGCGCAAUUCUGGGCUGAUGUUAACAGGAUUCUUCUGUUUCUUCUGUGGUGGGAUUCUGAGUGAAUUUGUACAAUCAAUGCUUCCGUCAUUACCCGCGAAUGACCGGUUGCUUAGUUCCAAUUUGGCGACGUGGUGGCAAAUCUCCUUGGCUCAACAGUCGGACUGUUUAGUGCGUAUCAUCUCGAACGAUAUCACCGAAAGCGGCGUGAAGUUUAUUGCUCGUCUAUACCAGCCGCUGGAUGCUGGCUCCCAGUCCGAUCUUGAAGAUGAUGACGAAGUCGGGCUGCAACUUCUUCCAACUCAUAACGAGCCUAUGCACCCUAAAAACAAAGCCUCGCGUAACACCAACAACAUUUGGGAUGCACGAGAGGAGCUUUUUGACAUCGGGGCAGACAGUGACGAGGAGGACAGUGCUACAGCCCGAGCCCAUGCUGUUGCUUCGCCUGUGCCAAAGAUAUAUGUCAGCUCGACAUAG